AUGGCAGCUUCGUUGUCCUCUUCAGUUACAUCGCUGCAGUCAUCACUGCAACUAUUGGACAAUUCUAUCACCACACUUGAUUCGGGUGUGAACGACUUCCCUCGCCUAUGCAAAGUCCUUUCUACAACACGACACUUUGAACUACUUCCGGAACCAACGUUGCGUGAAGCACAGCAAUCGCUCCUCAACGAAAUCACCCCCAGCAUCGCCCAUCUCCUCAAAUUAUCGUCCAACCACGUUGAAAAACUCGCUCGCCGGGAACAAGGCCUCAAGGCGCGAUGUGAUCUACAAGAAGGACGACUUUCCUCAAAAUCAGAGAGCCGACCGUCCGCCCCUCGGGCUCAAACACAGAGCAGCGCACUGCGGGGUCGCAUGGCGGGGCCUGGCUCAUCGGGCAGUGCAGCCUCUAAAGCAGCGGAGUUGAAGAGACUGGUGCAAAAGAAAGAGCGGCUCAAGUUCGCAGUCGACCGCUUGGAGCUGCAAAGCCAGCAGAAACAAAGACAAUUGAGAAAGAGCAUGGCCGCCCAGUGA